AAAAAAAAAAACAUAUCCUCGACGGGCACCCGACCAUUUUGCAUUUCCGUCCUUGCGCACCACCACUGUUGACAGUUUGACACCGCUGGCGGCCAUCGCAAACACACACACAAAAAAAAAAAAAAAAAACACCUAAAUUUUCAAUAAUAGUACAGAUAAUUAAUCGUUAGAUUGAGAAGAAAAAUCGAACAUUUAGGGUUUUUGAGAUAUACCAAAAAUGGCGAAUAGUGCGAUUCCAAACGAGGGUCUCAAAGAUCUUCUCAAACCCUUCCACCAGAGAGCUUCUGAAGCCGAGGAACGCCUAUCGAAACUCGAGCUUGAUACCGUGGUUUCGAGUAAGAAGGAAUUUCAUGAGGUUGGCAUUGAGGAAAGUUCGAAGAAGGCGAAAGAGUUGGAGUUGAAGCUGGAAGAAGUGACUGCAGAGUUAGCCGCAGAGAAAGAAAAGGUUGCUAAGCUCACCGUUGAGAAUGCUAAAAAGGACUACCGCAUGAUCCACCUUGUCCGAUCACUGAAAGAGGCUGAUCUCAAGUUGGAGCAAUUGACUACCAAAUAGGUUAGACACAUUACAAUCUCAAGUUACUUUGGUGCAACAAGCUUUCGAAGCGCAUUCCAUCUUUAGAACUGGAUUGACUUCAGCGUGAUUUUUCUAGGAGUCUUUAGAAAAAAGGGUAGGUAAUUAAACUUGAAGUUAGGCUGCAGUUUGAAAAACUUUGAAUUGAUGAAAUUGUGGAUAUAGGUGGGUUAUUAAUCUUCAAACUUAACAAAAAAUGUGCAAAUUUUCUUAUGGUGUUGAUGACUAUGUAUGCUAGCAAUGCUGUUGUCCUCUGACUCCUCUCUCUUGGGGGUUUCAUUGUAGCAUUAAGGUUUUAUUUAAUGGUGUGAUUAGACAACUCAUUUUGAGACUGCUGGUAAGUAUGCUAAGCAGCUAA